AUGGUUCCGCUCUUGGUCGAUCGGCCAGUGGAGCGAGGCUACGUCCGUGGGAUUAUGCCUGAAAGCCUCUAA